CAUUAACUAGCUACGACCAUUUGUUCAGUGCUUUCUAAUCGACAUCAACCUUUGACCCCGCCAUCUUUCACAUUCCACAAGGUUCUAUAUUUGCCCUCAUAUAGUUCUCCGUUUUCUUCUCCCUAGACCUUUGUCGUAGAUACAUUCACAAUCCUUCGCGACAUAGUUCCGACUGUUGCCCACCGACCGACCUUCAACCAACCUAUACAUACCUCCGUAGCACGACAUGCCGAUACGAAUUCGAUUACGAGCUCCAAACGGGCAGCAUACACUCUCGCUUGCUGAUGAUGCUGCUGUAUCUGAUCUUCUCACCCUCAUAACGGAGAAAACAGAGCUGCCACUCUUCACGUUGAAGUGGGGGUUUCCUCCGCAACCACUAGAUCCCUCAUUAUAUGGCAUGCCCACGAAACUAGCCGACACCGACCUCAAGCUCAACGGCGCACAGAUCAUAGUUAUCGCACAAGAAACUGGUGAUCCGAGCGAACGGGUGCAGUCGGAGGGAACAAGCGAGCAGUCGCAAUCCGCGCCAUUGUCUCUCAAGCGGAAACAGAACACGGAGCUGAAGGACACGCCCGACGUGCCUGUACCUUCGCGUGGUGGGACUAUUGUCUUAAGAGUCAUGCCAGAUGACAACUCCUGCAUGUUCCGAGCUUUGGGGAGUGCAGUCUUGUCCGACUCGCUAGAUGGAAUGACCGAGCUGCGGUCUCUCGUCGCCCAAGCAAUUCAAGCAGACCCCGAAAGAUUCAACGAGGCAAUAUUACAGAGGAAGCCCGAUGAAUACUGCCAGUGGAUACAGUACCCCGACUCGUGGGGUGGCGGUAUUGAGCUCAGCAUCUUGUCUCAGGAGUUCGGUGUGGAGAUCUGCAGUAUCAACGUGCAAGAUCAACGCGUUGACAGAUUUAACGAGGGAAGUCCGCGACGCUGCAUUCUGGUGUACUCUGGGAUUCAUUAUGACACGGUUGCUUUUGUGCCUGACGGUGCUUCCACCCUUGACGCCGACUCCGACAUUAAACUCUUCGAUUCGAAUGAUGAUGCAAUCUUGCAAGCGGCAGUCCAACUAUGCUCCGAACUUGCCAAGAAACAUUACUAUACAGAUACACAAAAAUUCGAUAUCAAAUGCAACACCUGCGGCUGGACCGGGAAUGGCGAAAGAGGUGCAGUAAAGCAUGCGGAACAGACAGGUCAUACAGAUUUUGGUGAAGGUAACUAGGUUCUCAGCAUUGUUCGACAUUUUAUCUAUGACCUAUUCAUUAUAUAUUUCAGACAUAUACCCAGAUAGCUGCAGAGGGGGGCUUCACAAUAAAUCAUUGGUACAGCACAUAAUUAUACAUAUUUUCCUUAUAGAUCGGAACUAGCGU